GGGCCGGGUAUCAUGGCGACGUACGUGGAGAUUUUAAAGAGCGAGUUUCCUGAGAUCGACUCGGAGCUGUUCGACUACAUCACAGGCGUGUUGGACUGCGGUGGAGCAGACUUCGAGGAUGGAGAGGAAGUGUUCGACGCCAUCGGAGGAGUCCUGCAGGAAGUGUCGGUUGACAGUAAGAACGAGGACGACGUCAGAGACAUCUGUCUCCAGAUGUUCAACACACUCAAACUGAAUAACUGCCACGGCGCUCAGCGGCAGGUGUUAUUGGACGCUCCAGUGCAGUUGUCCCAGAUCUCCGUGGACACCAACUCUGCUGCCACAGACAUUCAGGGCAUCUGGAUGAUGAAGCGUCCUCAGAACACGACGGUCGAUUCGAAGAAGUUGGAGAAGGCUGAAGCCAAGCUGAAGGCCAAACACGAACGCCGCAACGAGAAGGACUCACAGAAAGGGUCCACGCCAGUUGUCUUGGAGGAGGCGUCGGCCAGUCAAGCGAGCAGUAAGAAAGACAACCGAGUCGACCAAUCGGGGAAGAAUCGCAGCUACGACAUCCGCAUUGAGAACUUUGACGUUUCUUUCGGAGAGAGGUGUCUGCUGCAGGGGGCCGAGGUGUCCCUGGCGUCGGGCCGGCGGUACGGUCUGAUCGGGCGUAACGGGUUGGGGAAGACAACGCUGCUGAAGAUGCUGGCCAGUCGUAACCUCCGCGUCCCGGCUCACAUCUCCAUCCUGCACGUGGAACAGGAAGUGGCGGGAGACGAGACGGCCGCACUGCAGAGCGUCCUGGAGAGCGACACGCUGAGAGAGGGGCUGCUGCACGAGGAGAAGACGCUCAACGCUCGCAUCGCUAACGGAACAGCUGACGGCAUGGAGAGCGUCCGGCUGUCAGAGAUCUACGGCAAGCUGGAAGAGAUCGAGGCCGACAAAGCCCCGGCACGAGCCUCCGUCAUCUUGGCUGGUCUCGGAUUCUCUCCCAAAAUGCAACAGCAGGCGACAAAGGAGUUCUCAGGAGGAUGGAGGAUGAGGUUAGCGUUGGCCAGAGCUCUGUUUGCUCGGCCGGACCUGCUGCUGCUGGACGAGCCGACCAACAUGUUGGAUGUCAGAGCCAUUCUGUGGCUGGAGAACUACCUGCAGACGUGGCAGUCCACCAUCUUAGUCGUCUCCCACGACCGAAACUUCCUGAACGCCGUGGUGACCGACAUCAUCCACCUGCACUCCCAGACGCUGGACAGUUACCGUGGCGACUACGAAAACUUUAUUAAAACCAAAGAAGACAGACUUAAGAACCAACAGAGAGAGUACGAAGCCCAGCUGCAGUACAGACAACAUAUACAGGUUUUUAUCGACAGGUUUCGAUACAACGCUAACAGGGCGGCUCAGGUCCAGAGCAAACUGAAACUUCUGGAGAGGCUGCCUGAGCUGAAAGCCUUGGAGAAAGAGACUGAGGUGACUUUAAGGUUUCCAGAUAACUUUGAGAAGCUGUCUCCUCCCAUCCUGCAGUUGGAUGAAGUGGAGUUUUAUUACUCUGCAGACGCUCGGCUCUUCUCUGGACUCAACCUGUCAGCUGACCUCGAGUCUCGGAUCUGCAUCGUUGGAGAAAACGGCGCCGGUAAAAGUACCAUUCUCAAACUGCUGAUGGGUGAGCUGACACCUGUCAACGGGAUCAGACAAGCGCACAGGAACUUGAAGAUCGGUUACUUCAGUCAGCAUCACGUGGACCAGCUGGACCUGAACGUCUGCUCUGUGGAGCUGCUGCUCAACAAGUUCCCCGGUCGGUCAGAGGAGGAGUACCGCCACCAGCUGGGAGGUUACGGAAUCACCGGCGAGCUGUCGACGAGGCCGGUGGCAAGUCUGUCAGGAGGACAGAAGAGCAGAGUGGCCUUCGCACAGAUGACCAUGCCAUGUCCAAACUUUUACAUCCUUGACGAGCCGACUAAUCAUCUGGACAUGGAGACCAUCGAGGCUCUGGCCAAGGCGCUCAACAAGUUCAGAGGCGGGGUCAUCCUGGUGUCCCACGACGAGCGUCUGAUCCGGAUGGUGUGUAAGGAGCUGUGGGUGUGUGACGGCGGGAAAGUUCAGCGCAUCGACGGCGGCUUCGACGAGUACCGAGACAUCCUGCAGGAGCAGUUCAGGAAGGAGGGUUACCUGUGAGGCCCCGCCCACCGUCAUUACAUAAGCCCCACCCCCCACCCUUCUAAGCAGCCAAUCAGCUGUCAGAACGGACUGGAGGACGUUUUUUGUCUCACCUGGCGCAGGUGAUGACCUGCUGCGAGCUGAUUGGUUCUGCUGGUGAGGUCAGUGAACUGUGGAGGAGCCGUCAUCAAACGUCUGGAGUUAAUUUAAACUGUCGUCACAUCAAAAGUUUUGUUUUGUAUCAUCGGAGAAAUUUUACAGGAGCGUCAAAAAAGCAACCAAUAAAACCAUCAGAUCAUG